AUGGCGCUCCGGGGCGGACGGCGCUGCCUGCGCGUGCUCUUAGUGCUUCGCGGCGCGGCCCUGGGGCGCGGCGUCAGCUCGGGGCGGCGGGACGGCGGCGAGGCGCCGCAGCACCACGAGUUGCGGGCAGUCCUGAGGAAGAUCAUUGACAAGGAAAUUAAUCCCUUCGUGGACAAGUGGGAGGAAGAAGGACAAUUCCCAGCUCAUAAAGUAUUUAAAACCUUGGGUCAAGCUGGAUUCCUUGGCGUGGAUAAGCCAAAAGAAUACGGCGGCAUGGGCUUGGACUUCUCCUACAGAAUGGCAGUGGCCGAAGAGCUGGGACAUAUCCGCUGUGGAGCCAUUCCUAUGGCUGUUGGAGUGCAGCUUGGCAUGGCCACUCCUGCUCUUACAAGGUUUGGCUCUGAUGAGUUGAAAAAGGAGUUCCUUGUACCAACUAUCGCUGGAGAUUUUGUGGCUUGCUUGGGAAUCAGUGAAGCUGGAGCUGGGUCAGAUGUUGCAAGCAUCAAGACAACAGCAGUGAGGAAAGGCAAUGAAUACAUCAUCAAUGGCGGCAAGACGUGGACCACCUCCGGCUGCCAAGCGGACUGGAUGUGCCUGCUGGCAAACACCAGUGAAGGACCUCCUCAUCGAAACAAAUCCCUCAUAUGUCUGCCAAUGAAUCUGCCUGGGGUUCACGUUGCUAAAAAGAUAGACAAGUUGGGCAUGAGGUCAUCAGACACAGCUCAGAUCUUUUUUGAAGAUGUCAGAGUGCCCAGCAAAAACGUCAUCGGUGAGGAAGGGAAGGGCUUCACUUACCAGAUGUUGCAGUUCCAAGAAGAGAGGCUGUGGGCAGUAGCCUCUGUGCUGGUGUCCCUGGAAACUGUCAUCCAAGAGACCGUUGAGUACGGGCGGCAGCGGCAGGCAUUUGGCCGGCCGGUGCUGCACAACCAGGCUGUGCACUUCCGCCUGGCUGAGCUGGCCACCGAGGUGGAGCUGCUGCGCUCGCUGCUCUACCGCACCGUGGAUCUCUAUCUGGAAGGCAAUGAUGUGACAAAAUUUGCUUCCAUGGCUAAGCUGAAGGCAGGCCGCGUGUCUCGUGAAGUGACUGACAGCUGCCUCCAGUUCUGGGGAGGGAUGGGCUUCACCAAUGAGGUUCUGGUGAGCAGGUUUUACAGAGACAUGAGGCUGCUCUCCAUAGGCGGUGGUACAGAUGAAACCAUGCUUUCCAUCAUCUGCAAACACAUGGAAAUACUUCCCAGCAAGUGACUCCUCUCCACUCUGCAUGGAGAUUAAGCAAGCAAAGAUGCACAGUGAAGCCAUUACUGCUUUGGGGAGUCCAGUGAGCCAAACUAAGCACCCAGGAAAAAAAAAAGUCAGGCUAGAGCUACAAGAAAAUCAAGGCAGAUGCACAUUUUAGAGCAUCUGACAUGCCACUUCAGAAACAGAACAUUGCUGUGGGUGCUGCUCUUUUCACUGGUAGCUUCAUCCCACUUCAGUGGAGCUCUGCCUUCAAGAUCAGUAAUUAAGGUACAGAGUAUUCCCUGCUCUAUUCAGCUCCUGGAAGAGUGAUUUUGCUCUUAAUUCGAAGUCUCUUCUCCAUUUUUCACUUUUAGCCAGGAAUCAUCAAAAUCAGCUCUGGCAUCUUUGCCAGGUCCACAUCAACUUGCAGCACAGCUGUGGAUGUUUGGUGGCAGGAGUGGUUGUAGAAUUAUUCUGUAAGCAACAGUUUAAUAACAUCUGAAGCUUUUGGCAGCUGAACUUCACUAUGUCUUGUGUGUAAUUAUUAAAGAAUAUU